AUGGUUUUAACGCCCAAGAAAAGACCUUUUUGCAACGUGUUCAAUGGAUGCUCUGGAUCUCCUAAAAGGUCUCAAGCAAGUAUUGGAAUGUCACCAGAACAGCUUGUUGCUGAAACACGGUACUUGAAUGAUGAGACCUUUGGUUCAGCUCUGGAUUCAGAAGUCGUACUCGAGGAGCUAUUUCGCAAAAUUCUUACUGAAGCCCAAAUGUGGGACGCCAUUCGAGAAGCAACGGCUGAAGCUACGAGAAGAAAUCUCAAGAAGUACUAA